AUGCUCCUGUUAUAUUUGGCCAUUUGCUGCGGCCUUUUUGUCAAUUCUUGCCGGGGAAUACAUUUUUACCUCGAGCCAAAUCAGAAAAGGUGUUUCAUUGAGCAUCUUCCUCGCCAUACGCCUUCCUUACAUAUUAAUUUAGGUGUUUAUUCAACCCAAGUUUACAAUCCCUACACGAACAAAUACACAGACGAUCCAUUAUCCAGUGUAAGCAUUAUUGUCGAUAGCGAAAGGGAAAAUCUGCUCAAGCAAACGGGCUCCUCAAGCGAUCGUUUCUUUUUUACAUCUGGGGAACACUCUGAACAUAUUAUCUGUCUUUCCUCCAAUAAUCCUACCUUGGGAUCGCAAAAUGGUUGGUGGAGCCAGGGAUCAUCAGGCAGCUCCAACAUGCAGGGCUCAAUUAAAAUGACAUUUGAGGUGUUUAUUGGCGAUCCAGGAGAGCCUUCUAUUGUCUCCCCAAUUGAAGCAAAGGUUGCCGGUCUCGCGCAAACAGUUUCUCAGCUGAAUACUCUUGUCUCUGAAAUAAGAAGGGAACAGUAUUUACAUAGAGAAAGAGAAGCUGAAUUCAGAUCGCUCUCAGAAUAUGUAAACGGACAGGUUGUAUGGUGGACAAUUGCCCAAAUCUUGGUGCUUACUGGCGUUGCAUCCUGGCAGGUUAAGAGAUUGGGAAGGACAUUGCGCACCAAGAGAUUGAUAUGA